AUGGUGAUUAAACAAAAUAAAGGAUAUCAUAAUAAUGCUAGUAAGAAUACUGGGUUUUUAAAAAAUUUAGUUAAUGAUGGAAUUAAUAAAAAAGGGAAGCAAAGAAAUAUAUCUACAUCCAAAGUAAACAAUGGAAAUAGAAUGAAUAUGGUAUUAUUUAAAAAACAUGGACAACAUCUUUUAAAAAAUCCAGGUAUAUUAGAUAAAAUAAUAAUAGCAGCAAAAAUAAAAAGUUCGGAUGUAGUAUUAGAAAUUGGAUGUGGUACUGGGAAUUUAACUAUCAAAUUAUUACCACUAGCUAAAAAAGUAAUAACAAUAGAUAUUGAUGCAAGAAUGAUUAGUGAAGUAAAAAAAAGAUGCCUAUAUGAAGGAUAUAAUAAUUUAGAAGUAUACGAAGGUGAUGCUAUUAAAACAAUUUUUCCAAGAUUUGAUGUAUGUACUGCUAAUAUACCAUAUAAAAUAUCAAGCCCUCUUAUAUUUAAAUUAAUAGCUCAUCGUCCUUUAUUUAAAUGUGCAGUUUUAAUGUUUCAAAAAGAAUUUGCUGAAAGAAUGUUAGCAAAUGUUGGUGAUAGUAAUUAUAGCAGAUUAACUGUUAAUGUAAAACUCUUUUGUAGAGUCAUAAAAGUUUGUAAUGUUGAUCGAAGUAGUUUUAAUCCACCUCCAAAAGUUGAUAGUAUUGUUUUAAAACUCAUUCCAAAAGAAAAUAAUUCCAUGAUCAAUUUUGAUGAAUGGGAUAACUUACUAAGAAUAUGUUUUAGUAGGAAAAGGAAAACUCUUCAUGCUAUUUUUAAACGGAAUGCAGUCUUAAAUAUGUUAGAACAUAAUUAUAAAAAUUAUUGUACUUUUAAUAAUGUUAUUCCAAUAAAUUAUAGUUUUAAAACCUUUUGUCUCGACACAUUAAAAGAAUUAGAAAUGGAAGAAGUAAGAAGCAUUAAUUUAGAUGAAAAUGACUUUUUAAAACUAUUACUAGAGUUUAAUAAAAAAGGUAUUCGAUUUUUUAACAUAGCAAAUACUAAGGGAGUAGAUUCAGCAAAUGUAUUUUUAGAUGAUGAGGAUGAAGAAGAUGAAAAACAAGAUAAUCACAUGAAUGGUCAGAAAAAAAGCAAGAAAAAAAAUAAAAAUAAACAAAUAAAUGAAAAUUUUAGUGAUGAUGACCAAACAGAUAAUGAGGAAAGUGAUGAUUCUACCUCUAAUUAA